AGUAAUGACAGCAAUUUAUUGUAAAAAUAAUUAGAUUUACACUCCACCCAUAAUCAUGGAGAGGUUGUCAGAGGUUUCUUUUAUCCUCCGUGAGCUAGGUAAUGAUGCAUUUGAAUCCAUUGGGUCUACUCAUUUACCCGGAUUUACUGGAAUUGUGUUUGGUGGUCACAUCCUUUCCUUGGCAGUCAAAGCUGCAGCUCUGACAUUGAGCCAUUCCUCUAGUGAUCGUAAACUGGUUAGACUCAUUGAUGCAGUCCAUUCCUCGUUCAUUAGACCUGUUAAAGUUGCUGCUAGUGUCACGUAUAAGGUGUACAAUAAGAAGGAUGGUGCCCUAUUCUCUCAUCGCAGUGUAUCAGCACUACAAGAAGGGAAAUUAGUUUUUACUUGUUUUGUGUCAUUCAAGUCAGUCACAGGAAAUAAUCAAACUGGAAAGGUAAUUUACAAUAAUCAAGAAAAGCCAUCAGUUCCUGGACCAGGUCAUCCCGAAUGUUUGUCUCCUGAACAAAUAAGAUUUCAUGACUUAAAAAAUUUUCCAUUUCAAGUUUAUUUUGCCUCUCCAAGUGAAUGGCGUAGAAAAGAUUGGGACCCAAAAGAUCCAGGAGCUGUUUCCCCAGUACCUAUGAGAGCCAGGCUACCUGUAUGGAUGAAAUCAAAGCAACCAGUACAAAGAGUUCCAAGCUACGAAACUAAUCAAAAUAAUAAUCGUCUUGCUAUACUUCUUGCAUCCGACUAUGAAUUUGGAAGAUUGAUAGAAAUUGCCGAUCCAUAUUUGUCAUGGGAUAAAUUUGCAACACUUAAUGUUAGCCUGUGGUUUGAGGAUACUGAUGUUAACAUUGAUCAAUGGCACCUCUUUGAUAUGAAGCUUCUAUCUGCAACAAAAUGGGCAAGCAAUGCAACAUUGUUAUGCAUGUCAAAAAUAUUUCAGAAGGAUGGUGCUCUUGUCGCUACUGCUGUGCAACAAGGAUGCUUCAUAUUUUCAAAAUUAUAAAAAAACUAAACGAUGAUGAUAUUUUUUAGUU